UUUAGUGGUAUUCCGGCCCAAAAUAAAAAUGGCGGCGCCCAUUAUAAAGCAAGAACCUACCGAAGAAAUUGAUAUCGAAGCAAAGUAAUUUACUAUUUGUUGGCAAAGUUAGCCGUAGUAAAGAGUCUGCAGUAGGUCUGUUUAAGGGCCAUCCAUAUAUAAUAAAAAAUAUAUAUUAUAUUAAAUUCGCUAAAAAAGUUUACUAAUUAUAAGUGUGUUAGUGUUGGACUGCGAUGUUAGACACAAAACAAGUUCAAGUAACAAUCAGUGUCAAUCACUUAACUCACAAACAAUAUGAAUGUGUAGUAAAACAAUAUAUUAAUAUGUGUUCAGAUUUAAUGAUUAUUGGCUGAUUAUUUUACAAAAUACUUAUGUAAACGUUUCCGCUAAAAAAGUUAAAUCUUCCCUCCUUCCCCAUUUUGGGACCUCUCUCACUCUCCAUGAUUGGCAUGAUAACCAUUAGCCAGCAUAGCCCAUAGCCAGGAUCCGCUGAACUGAUGACUGAUACUGACAAUUACUGAUGCUCCAUGCAAUAAUUUGAAAGAUGCUUAAUGCUUACGUAUUAAUAAAAAUGCUUCUUCCCGCCCCCCCCCCCCCAAUGUUAACUACUGCAGCAAUUGGCAAUAGGCUUUUUAUUUUCUAUACACAUCUUUUAGUACAUUAAAAUUAAAUAUAAUAAUUCUGAAAGUGACAUCAUAGUUUUCUCCAUGCUUUGAAGUUAUUAUUAUAGUAAUUAUAAUUAUAUUUAUAGGCUGUUUACAAUAAUGAAAAUGUUGUUGUCUGAUGUGCUCAUUGCAGCUCUAAAAUUAAUUAUUUUUUAAAAAUGUUUUAGACGAGGUUGAUUGAAACAAAUUAAUUAUUCAAAGAAAUAAAGUUUUUUUUUUUUUUAAAUAUUUAAAGGAUUAUUGAAUUAUGUGGACAAAAUCCUAAAGGAAUAUCUGAUGAUGUCAUCAAACUUGCAAUACCUCAAUCUGAUAUCCAGCAAAGGGUCAUAGCUGUUAAUAGGCUACUUUCCACAGUGAGUUUUUAUAUUUAACCGAUACUAUUUAAAAUCAUUUCAAUAUUUUAUACAAAUUAAAGUCAUAUAAUCUUUUAAAUAAAAUAAAAAUAUUUUUGAAUAUUAUAACUGAAUUUUAAUAAUUUUUAUACCUGUAACAUCAAAUAUUUUUUAUUAUUGGUACUCUUCAUUUUAGAAUCGACUGGAACUUUUGAAAAGUGGAACCAAGAUACUCUAUAGAUUAAAAGACCCCGAUUCAGCAAGGUAAUUAAAUUUUAUUUUAAUUCAAUUAUCUUUUUUAUCAUUAUGGACUACUUAUAUUAUUAUUUUUUUAAAUGUUUAACAAUGUUUGUUAUUAACCUGAAGCUCUUAAAUAUGCGGUAAUUGAAAUCUAUUUUUUUUUCAAAAAUCAGCCAGGUCAAAGGUGCUGACACCGAGGAAAAGGUUGUGUUCCAGAUCAUCAAAGAUUCACAAAAUAAAGGUAGGUAGGGUACGAUUUAAGACAUUAUUAUUAAAUCAGUUGAUUUUUACUAUGAUAUAUAUUCAAUUGAAAUUUUAAUCUUUCCUAAGUGUAUCGGUAUGUAAUUUUUGAUGUGUAUAUUACAGAGCAUUUAUGUUUCCUAUUUAAUCAGGUGCCUUUACUUUGGCAGGCAUUUUUGGUGAUCCCAAGUAGUUUAAAAAGUAGUUUAAUAGUAUUACUUAUUAAUGAGUGUUGGUAGGUACUUUUCUCAUUAUCUAUCAUUCACACAAAUUUCAGGAAUAUGGACAAGAGAUAUUCGCAUCAAGAGCAAUUUGAAAAAUAUUCAAGUGCUCAACAAAAUCCUGAAAAAUUUGGAGAGCAAAAAGCUUAUUAAAGCGGUCAAGUCAGUCAAUGUGAGUUACUCAAAAUAUCAGCUGGCAAAUUUAAAGCGGUCAAGUUGUUCAAUGUGAGUUACUUAAACUAUCAGCUGGCAAGAUUAAAGCGGUCAAGUUGGCCAAUGUGAGUUACCGGGUACUUAAACUAUCAGCUGGCAAGAUUAAAGUGGUCAUUGUGAGUCACUUAAAGUAUUAUCUGGCAUGUUUAAAGCGGUCAAGUUGGUCAACGUGACUUAAACCAUAAACCGCCAAGUUACUGGGCAUUUUGUACAAAAAUUGUUUCAUUUUAGCUUUGGUAUUUAUUAUUUAGAUUUAGAGUUUGCUGGAGGGAAAUCUAGGACAAACAUCAGUUAGGGUUAGAGGCUUUAUAUUCAAUGUUAUAGGUAAAAUAAUGCAAAGAAAAAAAUCAAAUUCCUAAUGCUUUGCCAACAUGGCCAUAAUGUGUACCAGUAGGAGAUGGAUGCUUUAUUGUUCCAUUUUUUUUUUUUUACCAGGGUAACAUAUAGAAUUAAUUUUUUUUGCCUGCUGACUUCAGUGGUUUAGUUGUUUUUUGUUUUUUUUUAAAUUUUUGUUUCCUCUUCAAGAUUUCAAGAGCCUCGUAAAUCUGGCAUUUUGCCUGACUAUAAUACUGCACACAAGCUUGUGACUUCAACCCUAGGGAAAAAACUAUAAUUCUUAAUAUAGUACACAAAAGAGAAUAUUGCACUUACCAUUUCAGGCCUCCAAGAAAAAGGUGUACAUGCUGUACAACCUUGAGCCAGAUCAGUCCGUGACGGGUGGGCCAUGGUACAGCGCGUCAGAGUUCGAGUCAGAGUUUGUUGAAAUCCUCAACGCACAAGCUCACAAGUUCUUACAACAAAGGGUAGCUGUCAUAUUUAAAAUUUAUAACGUUACAAAUUUUAUGCUGUCAGUUUAUCCAUUAGAUGUACAUUUCUGCAUCACCCAUUUUUGUUUUAAAAAAUCUUAUAAAGUCACUAUUUGUAUGUUAACAUUUAUUAACAAGUUAAAUAUAUUUUUAUUUUACUUAAAUAUUACAAUGAUAUUGAUUCAUACGCCAAUCCAUCUCAGGUAGUGGAUGCAAAUAAAGUGUACCCUGAGGAGCCAUGGACAAGACUUCAGGCUUCCUAUGCUUCAGCCGAAGAUGUACUGAAAUACAUUACCAAUUUGGGCAUAAGUAAGGUAAUCGUGAUGAUAUCAAUAUCAUACAAGCACUGCUUUUAAUCAUUUUAUUCAUGAAUAUGCGGUUACUUUCAUGUUAAGUAACCAAUGUUAUUAAUGUAGCUUCGGUUAUUAUUCCCCUUAGAAUGUGCAUCUAAGUUGUAGUGUGAGCACUCAAAAUCAUGUAGCCCCUUACGUCUAUAUUUUGAUGCAGCCAUUGUGGUUACAAUUCUUGCUUUCAUUUCUUGUUUCUUCAAAUGGGUCUCUGGUAUUAUCCACUAAUAUUCCAAGUUGGCUCAUUUCAAAAGGUUUUAAUGUCAGCAAAGUUGUUGCUUUCUGUGUUUAUUCUUAUCAUACAUUUCAAACUUGCAUUUAAUAUUUGCCAAAGUUAAAGUUGUCGCAUUUAGUCAGUAUAUUUUAUUAAUAUUUAAGGGGAGGUUAAUGUGCACGACAAACAAAUGUUUUACCAAACUUAUUCGAAAUUGUCAUGAACUGUACAAUAGGGAAAUUUGUAUUAAUAGUGGAUCUAUUUAACAAAAUAAUUUAAGUUAAAGUUGCGGUACCGCAGACAAAAAAAGUUUUGAAGAAUUUGAGGAAUCAAUAAGUUAUAAGUUGCGUACCGGUACUGUAUAUACUCACAUAUAGGUCGCGUCAGUGAAUAGGUCACACCAGUGGAUAGGUUGCACUCUUAGUUUGGGUUUGUCAAAGUAGAUAUUUUCAGUUGAUCUACAGAUAGGUCACACCAGUGGAUAGGUCAUACCAGUAGAUAAGCCAUACCAGUAGAUAGACAAUUCCAGUGGAUAGGUCGCACCCUUAGUUUGGAGAGUUGCGUGGCACAUUUUUAACAUAAAUGUAAAAAUGUAACCGAAUAUUUUCUAAACCAAAAUGUUUCUGUAACAUCUUGAAACUGAAAAGCAACCGUCAUAAACUAUGGGAUCUCAAAUAAGGAUUUAAAAACUGAUUGCCCUCUGCUCGAGCAUAAGUAAGGGAAAAAACAAUUUCCGACGUUUUGCAUAAAUGACUUCUCCACAUUGAAUGAAAGUACGCAAAAUUAAUUUCAAGUGGAUAGGUCACACCCCUGUAUUUGAUCAAAUAUUUGGUUUUAAAAUAUGUGACGUAUAUGCCAGUAUGUAAGGUAUUAAUUUCUUAUAAUACAAUUUUGAUUUGAUUAGGUAAAUUUAUCUGUGAAGGACAUGGAGUCGAUUCUUGAUACCCUCAUUUUUGAUGGGAAAGCCGAGCUCUCCGCCAAAACAACAGGGAUGCAAGGGAUGGCUCCAGGAGAUUCUUCAGUGAAAAUAUACCGAGCUGUGAAGCCGUUGUCUGACACAUCAGGUUUUGUGAGGACACCGUGUGGUGUUUGUCCAGUAAGUCUUAGUUAGAACAUUUCAAAGGGGAUGGUGAAUUGGGAGGAAAGGUACAGGCUGUCUGAAAACCCAGGAGGAGCUUUCUGUGCCCCUGCUAGUGAUAAAAUUUAAAAAAAUGAAAAUUAGUGCUAUCCCUUGUGUCACUUCCAUUAAUAAUAUUAAUAUGGCACUUCCAUCAAUAAUAUGGCACUUGCGCCAAUAAUAUGACACUUGCGUCAAUAAUAUGACACUUUCACUCCAACCAUUUCUCUACAACACAGCAAACUAUAGACACUUAAAACUUAAGUUUUUAAACGCAUUUUAAUGUCUUUGUUUUUUCUUGUCUGCUGAGGAAUGCUUUCAACAGAAAAAUUCACUUUUAAUAAUCCUGUUCUUUCACUUCAAGUUUAGCGUAACUUGUUCAAUGAUUUAUUCCAUACAAACUUGAACACAAACCUUCAUGUAUCAUCCUUGUUUGUGUGUGUAUAUAUCUGUUUGACCAGUACUGGUGUCUAACUAUAAUUAUUUGUGGAUAUUAAGAUUAUCUUUUCUUGUUUUUUCCCCCAUUUCCAAUUUUUUUCAUGAAUGUUUUUGUCGCCAGGUUAUCAGCAGAUGCACAGUAGAUGGUCUAAUAUCACCCAAGACAUGUGUUUAUAUGAAGGAUUGGUUAGAGUUUUGAUGACAAUAUUUUUUAAGUCUCUUUUGUUCACAUUGUUACAGUUACUGGUUGGGGAAAAUUCCUGAUUUUAAAAAAGUGGAAUAUUUUUUACAAAAUGGUGACUCAUUUGAUUAUGAUGAUAUAAAAUAUGUAUUUAUUAAAACGUAAAAUUCAAAUAUUGAUUGUUUACUUUUUGUUAAUUAAUUUAUGGAAUUCAAGGUCAAAGUCUAAUGC